CAGUAUAUAUCCUUGCCACAAUGGGAGACCAACAAAAAUAAAAGACCCUUUCCUAGUGUAAGGUUUCACUGUUAAUGUAAUGGUCGCUCUGUAAUAUUCCACUGCUAAGGUAAUGGUUUCUCUGUAGCCACAACAUUUGGGUUAUGACUAGAGAUAACAGGGCCUUUGGAAUGUAUGUUAGCCAAUGAGAGGAUGUUGUUCUUUCUUGUGGAUCUGGGAGAAGGGAUCUCGCGGUUUUUUGUGGGGGGGAGAGAUGAAGAGAGAGGACGCGAAUAGAGGGUUGGUAGACCGUCGGACGGGGUGGACUGAGGAGCGAGGGUCCGAGGGUCGGCUACGCUCGGAGAAGGUCGACGGGAACAAAUGGAGAAACUAGGCACGAAGAGAGCAAGAGCGAGGUUUCGCAAAACUCCGGUACAAGCCCAGACUGAUCGACAGACUCUUCACCGCGGAGCAGCUCAUCGUCAUUCGGUUCCGAGAAACCAACUCGCUUUCUCGUUCCACGAGCAGAGCUCUUGCUGCGGGGUUAUCUCGUAGGAAGCAGGAGCACUCAAAGAAACCCCACAAGUGCCAACUACCACAUACCAACCGAGGCCAGAAUCGAAGUUGGGUCACUGGGACUGUGAGACAGCGGGGAUCAGUACUACUGGUGGGCAUCUCUUCCGACAGACCAACUGUUAAGUUAGACCUAUAACUACACUAUUCUGCGGAUCAAGAGACAAUGAAGGACAGGCUCGAGGAGUUGACAGAACUUGCAAAACUUCAUCCACAGUCAGCAGAGGCUCAUGAUAAGCUUGAUUCCCCUCAGGAGAGCUACGUGUUUGAAUGUGACUUCACUUUACAGAACCUUUAUAAGAUGGUGCACCAGAUCAGGGAGGAAAAUGGCCGUUUAAAGGUGGACAUCAGGCGCCUGGGAAAGCAGAACACCCGUUUCUUGACUUCAAUGCGACGUUUCAGCAGCAUUAAGCGGGAUUCAAAUUCAAUUGCUAAAGCCAUAAAAAGCCAAGGUGAGAAGAUUCAGCAGAGGUUGCAGAGCCUGGACGACUACACAGAAGAACUAGCAGAGGCUCAUGGGCCAAAUGCGGCCAUUGUUCGCAUUGCCAAGGCACAACAUUAUGCCGUUCUGCACGCUUUCCAUAAUGCCAUGUUGGAGUACAACAUGGAGGAGAUGAAGCAGCGGGAAAACUGCAAGACACGGAUCCAGCGGCAGCUGGAGAUCAUGGGAAAGGAUGUGUCCAAUAAAGAGAUGGAGGAAAUGAUCGAACAGGGUAAGUGGGACGUGUUCUCGGGGAACCUGCUGAGCGAGGUGCGAGGGGCACGAACUGCACUGUCAGAAAUUGAGCAGCGCCAUCAGGAACUGUUGAAGCUGGAGUCCAGGGUCCGGGACAUCCAUGACCUCUUCUUGCAAAUGGCCUUGCUAGUUGAGCAACAGUCUGAGACUCUGAACAACAUCGAGGUACAUGUACAGAAGGUGCAAGACUAUGUUGGGGCUGCCAGGACCCAACUGAAUCAGGCAAUAGAGCACAAAAGAAAAAACAUCUGCCGACAGAUCUUCUGCUGUUGCAGUUGCUGCCCUUGACUCAGUACUCUUCCCGCCCGCCAUCGUUCACUCUGCUUGGAUGUUGCUUCACAAUUCCACCACAAAGCUAAACGAUUCCCUCACCAAAGAAGUGGUCUAGCACAAAUGGAAGGGUUAGCAAUUAUGUUGUCCUUUUGUUGGUGGGAAUCUCGAAACCUACAGUCUCUUCCAGUUAGAGAGAUGAGUUUGAAUUAUAGGGUUAAUUUUGUAUCCCAUCCCCCUAAACUAAGUUUGAAGACCCUCCCACUUCUGAACAACACAGGUCUACUCCUUUUUCCAAUUAUUAAAAUGCAGACAGGUAUUUCACAGACAGAAUCUUGUACAGUGACAGACUGACAUAUUUGUAAGGCAUCCAUGGAUUAACACAGCUUUGUUUAUUAUGUGGUUGCUGAUCCUUUGGUAAUGCAGAUGGGGUUUUGUAUGAUGUGAGUCGCUCUGUACUCUGGUGCUAUGGUAUUUAAUACAAAUGCCCUAUCUUUCCCAGUUCAUUGCUCAUUGUACCUUCAGUUGAAAGAUGGUUGCUGGGAUUGGGGUGACUGUUUCAGGGGUAGUGGGUAAUAUGGGGUGGAUAGUGAGGUGGGGAGAAGAAGAUGGCGGGAGCAGGAGGAAAAGUGAUGGAAGGGAGAGUGGAAACCGCAUGUGUUCAGGUGCCUGUAUGUAUUUCUCAAUCUACCCAAAUGUGUUACCCUCUGCACUGUGGUGUACAAAGUAGACAGAAAAGUAAAUUAUGCUGUCUCCUCCUGAUAAAUAACAGCACAGGAGCUCCUGAUUCCAGUUCUGGGUGAACAAUCCAGAAGCAAUGUACAAAAAUGACUAUAAUAAAUCUGUUAAUUUGAGGGUUCUAACUCUGAAAAUGACUAGGCAGUUCAACUGGUUCAUGUAUGUCCUUUGUUGAAUGGGUCUUCCCUCAUGUUAGGGAGAAAAGGCUGUCUUGUUAUCAUGCCCUUCCCUGGGUGUCAAAUCUACAGAAGUUGAGUUCCAAUCCAGGAAAGAUCCUAUGACCAGCAUUUUAGAAUUAAAUAAGUAUGCCUAGAUAUAGUACUAAUUCUUAGGUUUUCUUGUACAUUAUCACUGGUACAUUAAACAUGUUUUGAAAUGUCUGUUGUUGAAGUCCUGUCAAUCAGGAAAUUGGACUGGAUAUGUCUUCUCACAAGUGUCAUCUCCCCUUGUGCUCGUGAUAACAUUAUCAUUGCGACAAUAUCCAUAACUUAUUUUUAAAAUUGACAAUUAAAGGAUCAAGAGAUCAUGCUGCAAGCUACGAAGAUGAAAGUAAACAAAUUAUGUGUGACUUUAAGUGUUCUCUUUGGAACAUUACUUUUAUAUUUUGUACAUCCCGUGUAUUAUCAUCACUUUAGUCUGGAGACCACCAGCACUGUGGCCCAGUGACUGCAACGGAGGGUCCUCACCCUGGAAUCACAAUGGAGUUGGAUUAUGCCACUGGGUGCAGCCAAGGCAUGCCAUGCUGCUUGGUGCCCAGAGUCACUGUGCUUUCUCCGAUUUCAUCCAUCACCCAAUAAUUGCCCCUCUCCUGCUCCAUUUUUUGCACCUCCUCUUUAGAUCCUUUAAGUGUCUGUUUUGACAGCUGAGUCUGGAUUUGGUAUUAGGGCGAGGAAAAGACCCCCUUUAGCACCAAAAGUGAAUCAAAUCCAAUUUCCAAGUAAUGGUGCCUUGCCUUUAAGUUCUGGAUUGCUCAUGACAAACCCCACCAAGACAAGCCAACCCAUCCAGUAGUCCAGAGAGUACUUUUGACUGCAGAAGUUACUGCUGAGGAGAGAGCAGGAGGGGAUAGAUAGAGGAAGAGUGGGUGGCAGAGGACACAGUUUAGGUAGAGAAGUGGUGGUAAAAGGAGGAGAAGAGAGAGGAAGAAAGAGGAUAUUGGUAUAAACAGUAUUACCAAGUCAUGCAUUGACAAAAGCACUCUAUAUUUAUCUGAUAAAUUGGCUGCCUGACUCAGUUCCAGCAUAUGAAGCCCAGUUUCUUCUGAACUGUAUAUCUGGUCGAAACAGAUAGACCCCCAGACUCAGGAACAGUCACUCAAGGCACACAGUGGCCAAGAUUCUGCUGAGUGUGGAGAGAGCUGAUAACCUCACAGCUAACCUCAGAAAUAAAUUGAAAUUUCCAAUGAAAACUACUCACGAAAUUGGAAUGUGGAUCACACGAUCCCUUGAGCCAAAUAAGGAGAGGCAAUUCAAGUGUACUUUCCACAUUCUGUGCUGCAAGUCAGUGCCAAGGAGGGGUAUGUACAGUAUUAUGAGUGGUCUUUCUCUGCAGCUAGUUUCAAAUAAUCUCUCACUCUGUUCCUCUAACUUAUUUCUUUCAGAUUCCUUUCCAUUCAGUGUUACUGAUCGAAAUUUUCUUUGUUUUUAGUUCUUUGCCUCUAACUGAUGUGAAAGGCUUGUAAAGUGUUGUAAGUGCAGUUGCAUGAAUUUAUCUAAUUGGCUGCCCAGGGCAUCUGCUCUAUAAUUGUAUAUUUUGGGUUCACACAUAUUUCACAUUACUGCUGUAAUGUAACAAGUCUUAACAGUAAACAAGUAACAGGGUUGCUCUGCAAAAGCAGAGUUAUAAAAACCCAGGCAUGGCAACAUGAGAGACCACAGCUUGGUGAUGACCCAUGAAGUACCAGGGACUUAAGAUUAUAGGUGAAGACACUAUUUGAGGAUUUAAUAUGAAGAUUGGGUGUUAAUGCAUAGAAGCUGUAAAUCAUUGUCUGAGCUUUUAAAGCAGUUGAGAUAGAUUUAUCCUUGAGUAAGGAAGUGGAAAAUUAAUUGGACUCCCGCUCCUAACAGAGAACUAUUGUUGUUGAUAUAACAUACAUUGAUAUAACAUAACAUAAGAACAUAAGAAAUAGGAGCAGGAGUAGGCCAUCUGGCCCAUAGAGUCUGCCCCACCAUUCAAUAAGAUCAUGGCUGAUCUGUCCGUAAACUCAGCUCCAUCCACCUGCCUUUUCCCCAUAACCUUUAAUUCCUCUACUAUGUAAAAAUCUAUUUAACUGUAUCUUAAAUAUAUUCAGUGAAGACGCCUCGACUGCUUCCCUGGGUAGAGAAUUCCACAGAUUCACCACUCUCUGGGAAAAACAGUUUCUCCUCAUCUCCGUCCUAAAUCUUCUCCCCUGAAUCUUGAGGCAACAACAUUACAUGCUGGGAAUUAAAGAUGGUGAUAUUUCUGCAGAUCAUUUUUAUAUUAUUAUUCAAAAUUUGAGGGAGAAAUUCCUGAGUAGUUUUGUAGGAGAACUGCACAAUCAGCUGUCCCAUCACUGGUCGAGAUGGUAAUCUGAGGUCCUCUCAAAUCUCUUAAAAACCUGAAGGCACUGUUUGUAAGAAGCUCAUGUCCCAUGUCCUACCCAAUAUUUAUCUCUCAAUCAAAGACUAAAAGACGCAGUUUAGUCAUAGUGUCAUCGUGUUGUGCAGGUUGGCUACCGUGGUUAAAACAAUGUCUACACUUCAAAAAUACUGAAGAAGGUGCAGUAUAAAAGCUUUUUUUUUUAAAAUUCUUUUUGACUGUGAACUGCACUUGGAAUUAUUGAUGACGAUUUCUAACGGCAUCCAAUGGGGGAAACUCCACCGUGUUAGUGUGAAUGAAACUGAAAUGGCAUGGCCAGGUGAAACAGCCCUGCUAUCCAUUCCGUAUCACUUCAGUGGAGGGUAGCGGGGUAUCUGGUGGCAUUACAAUGAUGGAUCUGGAAACCCGGCCAAGUUCUUGGUGGAGAUCAUUAUCAUAUCAAAUUUUCUUCUCAAAAAGUUAACAAAGUUUAGGCCAAAUGUGGAGCCAGGAGAUUAAAUGAUUUGCCCUUUCAGAUUCAUUUGACAGAGGGCUUGGCAAUUUAUUAAUAAACCUCAAAACCUAUCACUGCAAAUCCUUAUAAUAGGAUUAAUUUUCAAAAUCCAUUCUUCCAAAAUAGAACUUAUCUGUAGAGAAUAGGUUCAGACAUUUCAGUAUGGAAUUCUUGUUUAUGGGAAAAUCACAAUUGUCAAAUAAAGCCCUGAUUAAAAUCAUAGCUAGUUUACAGAACAUCUGAAAAGGAUAAAUCAAUGAAUGAAACAAAGACCUUCAAGACAGGCUCAUGUUUUAUAGUCAUUGUCUUUUUUAGGCUGUUAUCUGUCAGUGCAGAGAUAGUUCAAGGGACACUUCAGCUAUAUUGGAUUCCGGUGUUUUUGAUCCAAGGUUGUUUCAGAAGUCAGGAAAGAGGCACAAAACGUGUUGCUUCAUGGUCAUUUUAUUAAGAGUUGAUAGAACAGAGGAAAGUUGAACAGACAGUGAUAGAGAAAGCUAAGAUUAAAGAGGAGAGGGAAACUAAAGAUGGCCUCAGCAUAAAACUAUUUUUACACUACCAAGACAAAGAAAUCCAUUCAGAUCUUGAUAAGAAUUGAUCAAUUAGAAAAUACUUAUUCAGUCCUGCAGUACCAAGUUAACCAAUGAGGAAGUACUUAUUCAAGUUGUGCAGAACAAAGAAAUUUCCCAGAGCUUGCUAGAAUUAUACUUUGUACAGUUACUGGAGGCAUAGUAAACUGUUAUACAUACAAGAACUACUUAAAAUACAAGCAGAUAAUUAAUUGUUAAACUGAAAAGAAAAUAACAAUUAAACAGAAUAAUUUAAGAAUUAAACAGUAGGAUCCAACCUUGCAGCACAGUGAGUCAAAUUUUCUUGUCACAAUUAUAGGGGCCACGAUCGUUGGAGUUUGGAAUUCAGAUCUGACACUGUCUAUAAGAAGUUUGUACAUCCUUCCUGUGAGCACAUGGGUUUCCUCUGGGUGCUCUGGUUUCCUCCCGCAGUUCAAAGAUGUACCAAUUCAUAGGUUAAUUGGUUAUUGCAGGUUGUCCUGUUCUGAGGCUAGGAAUAAAUAGGUGGGUUGCUGCAUGGUGUGGCUCUUUGGGCUGGAGGGCCUGUUCCACACUGUAUCGGUAAAUAAAUAAAAAUAAAAUAAAUAUAAUAAAUAUUUUAUAA